CUCCUCCCACCCCGAAGAGGAUUUGUAAUCUGGUUGUCUUCUGUCGCCGCAGCAACCACUAACUUUUUUUUUUUUAACUAACUAGAAUAAAACAUUAGAAUUUUCAAGUGUUUUUGAGGAUUUUGCUCAACCUGGAGUGGACUAAUGUGUGGCAAUCCCUGCUGUCAUUUUGAGUCCAAUGAAAAGACCGUUAACAGCUUUAACGUCAUGUUAUCGUCUAAUGGAAUAACUCUUUAAAAACAUUUCAACUUCUCAGGAAGAAAAACGUCUGUGUUGAGGGUUCCCAGGCUCGUGGGGGAUGCUAACAAGCUGGUGGUACGUUGAGGCUAGAGGAGCAUGGUGAAACACCAACCCUUCCAGGUCUAUGAGAAGCAGGUGUUUGUGUCCCUUGUCACUGGCAUCUAUGGUUGCCGCUGGAAACGCUACCAACGCUCUCAAGACGACAGCUCCAGGUGGGAAUGUUCAUGGUUUAUGAUCCUGAGCACCUCCUUUCUGCUGCUUCUCUUUUGGGCCUACUUCUGGUUGGUGGCGCAAAAUGAUUUCAAUGAGUUUAACUGGUCAGUGUAUAACCGCUCUGGAGAAUGGAGGGACGAAACCGUGCCCAUCCUGGCAUCCACCACUGUGGGAUUAAGCUAUAUUUCAGUCUUGAUGAUCUUGGCACUUUUCCAUAUAUCCUUGGGCCAGCAGUUGAAUCUCUACUGGCUGCACAAGAUCGGAGUUCUGGCUACACUGCUUACCACAAUCUCUGGUGUUGUCUCCGUUGAGGACAUAUGGGGCGAGGAGUGGGGUGUCCUGCUCGUGUCGCUGCAGUUCACAGCACCUUUUCUGCACAUUGGAGCGCUAACAACCGUCACAGCUCUCAGCUGGCUGGUAGCUGGAUAUGUGGUCCGCAGAGAGAGAUCCAAUUUCCAAAUAAUGGUAUUAAUCAUCUACAUCAUCAUUCUCCUGGCCCUCUAUUUGGCACCGCUCACAUUCACCUGCCCCUGCAUAAUGGAGGGCCACAGCCUCAAACCUCGACCAGAUGUUAUUGGAAGACGGGGAGCUCCAAUGCUGGCUCCAGAAAACACCAUGGCGUCCUUCAACAGAGCCCUCCAGCAUGGAGCCAGCUCCCUGGAGGCUGAUGUCACUCUCAGUGUGGAUGGAAUUCCCUUUCUCAUGCGAGAUCGCACCUUGAGAAGAACCACAGACGUUAGGACGGUAUUUCCAGACAGGCAGCACGACGACGCUUCGUCCUUCAACUGGACAGAGUUACGGUCCCUCAACGCGGGCCGCUGGUUUCUAGAGAGGGACCCCUACUGGACAGUAGAAACAUUGACCGGGAGGGAUCGGAGCAGAAUAGGCAACCAGACGGUUUGCAGUCUGUUGGAAAUGCUUCGCCUGGCGGUCAGAGCCAACAGCUCGGCGCUGCUGAACAUCCGCAGGCCCCCACCAGGACACCCUCGCUACCGGAACUGGUUCAUGGACACAAUGUGGGCCAUGCAAAAAGCAGGGAUUUCCCAUAAGAGGGUGAGGACUGUGACGUGGACCCCAGACACGGACAGGGGCAGGGUCAGGGGCUUUCAGCAGACGACAAAUGAGAAGCUGCCAGUGUUGGAGAUCAGGCAGAGGGGCAUUACCAGCCUGACCCUUCACUACAGCCAGGCCAGCCACAAAGAGAUACGGGAGUAUCUGGCCAACAAUGUGAGUGUGACAGUCUACCCAGUGAAUGAGCCGUGGCUGUACUCGCUUCUGUGGUGUAGCGGGGUGCCUUCUGUGUCCUCUGAUGCCCCCCAAGUCCUCCGAAAGGUGCCUUACCCCAUCUGGCUCAUGAGUCAGAAUGCUUACGGCUUCAUCUGGAUCACAUCUGAUCUUGUCUCGCUCGCUGUGGUGAUAGGAAUCUUCAGUUUUCAGAACUUUCAUAUGAUCAGGUGGAGGAUGAGUGGAAUGCACAACUGUAACCCCGAGCAGAUUAUGCUGAGCGCUGUGCCAAAUCGCUCCAGUCGGGACGUAAACAUCAUGAAGGAGAAGCUCAUUGUCUCAGAACUCAACGGGCUGAGCAGCACAGAGGAGCUGUCGCUGUUUCCCGAGAACGCUGAUGCAAGAUACUCUCAUGGAGGCCUCAGUCGCUGAAGGAACAAAGAUAUACAGCGCUCCUGCUUUGAUGAGCUCUAGAUACCACCUUCUGUAUUACGUACAGUACGUGGCCUGCUAGCGAGCAUGUGGCGGACAACUGGCAUUCAGGCACACCUCUGAUGUUCUGCACCAACGCCCUCCUAGCAGAAGCAACAGAACGUUCUUAUUUCAAAGGCUGGAAAGUGUUGUACCUAUUUCACUUUUUCAUCGGCUUCCCUUUUAGUGUAUUCAAUGCUGAUGUAAAUGACUUCUUUUGCAUAUUUGCCAUUCAGAGCGCAUGUAGUGUACAUACUUUGUUCUCAUUCAUUGUGAAAUAUGCAGGAUAAACUACUACUCACGUGGUUGCCUUUUUGCGAAGUCACCAUUUAGAAGACCCUUUUUAGCAUGAUGAGAAGAAUUGCGUUUUAAAUAAUAAAAAGAAAUUAUUAAGCGA